UAAUACCCAAUUUCUUCCGAUAGAAUCAAAACCCCAGCUAUGACUUCCUACCCAGUUCCCAUAAACCCGACCCAGACCCGCAUAGGAUGGAUAGGCACAGGCGUAAUGGGUGGCGCCAUGGCGUCUCGCCUUCUCUCCGCUGGCUAUGCCGUCACAAUCUACGCCCGCAGUCCUUCUAAAGUUGUUCAUCUUCAAUCCCAAGGCGCCCAUCUUGCUGAUUCCCCAGCUGAUCUUGCGCGUAAUAGUGAUGUUAUUUUCACUAUGUUGGGUCACCCAUCAGAUGUUCGACAAAUUGUCUUAGAGGGUUUGAUUUCUUCUGUCAACCCCAAUUGCGUCAUUAUUGAUCACACCAGCAGCCACCCAGUACUCGCUAAGCAAAUCUUUGAUGCUGCCCGUGAGAAGAAUUGCUGGACUGUUGACGCUCCGGUGUCUGGAGGAGAUAUUGGGGCGAGAGAAGGGAAAUUGGCAAUUUUUGCUGGUGGAAAUGAGGAUGUGGUGAAGUGGUUAAAGCCUUUGUUUGAUGUGUUGGGAAAGGUGACUUUUGUGGGUGGACCAGGAAAGGGGCAAAGCUGUAAAAUUGCAAAUCAGAUUGUCGUUGGAGGGAACUUGCUGGGGUUGAGUGAAGGAUUGGUGUUUGCGGAGAAGGCGGGGUUGGAUAAGAUGAAGUUUGUGGAGGCAAUCAAGGGAGGAGCAGCUGGGUCUAAGGUUAUGGAGUUGUUUGGAGAAAGAAUGAUUGGGAGAGACUUUAGGCCUGGUGGGUUUACAGAGUACAUGGUGAAGGACUUGGGAAUGGGUUUGGACGUUGGAGCGGAGCAGAGUGACGAUGUUGUGGUGUUGCCUGGUGCUGCAUUGUCUAAGCAGUUGUUUUCUGCUAUGGUUGCUAAUGGAGAUGGGAAGCUUGGCACUCAAGGGCUUAUUACUGUUAUAGAGAGGAUCAAUGGCUUGGCAAGUGAGAGAUCAUGAAAUAUUAUUACUCUUGUGGCCAAUGGUCUUAUUGACCUGGGCAUCUUUUACUCUAUCAGUUGCAGAAGUGGCAGCUAUAUCAGUGAGUUUGGCUUUGGCUAUUGAAUCUGUCCCUCAAAGAUAUUAAAUUGAAGAAUACGUUUUUGUUUGACAAAACUGUGCUGAUAUUGGCCUUACAACUUUUUGCUGUACUCACCAGAAUUGGGCCACUAUUUAUUGACAAUUGAUAGCUUUAGCCUGAUAACCUUCCAUUUUAUGGUGCCUAUACUAUUCAGCUAUAUGCUGUACUACAUUUCAGUUCACGCUUGAACUGCACCAUGCUAUUUGAGAUGAUGGUAUCAUUUCUAAAUUAAUAAUGCCACUAACAGUCUGGCAAGUUUGGUAAUCUCAAUUUGGAUUUUCAGACCAGGCUGACUGUACUUAUGUAGUA